AUGACAUGCAAAUCUAAAAAAAAAGGGGAAAACACACGGAAACACAGAGAUUGGCGAAUGCGAAAUCCGGAUGGUCAGGGAUCACUGAGAGAGAAAAUAAGGUACAGAUUCUUGCUUAUAGCUUUACUUACCAGUAAGUUAUACUACACACGUUUUUAACUGGUCUUUGUCGAGUUUUCAUUAACAAAAAACUUUUGUUUUCACAACACAUGAAGGUUUGAAAAGUUUUCCUCACUUGAAAUGGAAACUUCUUUUGCUACCCGUAGCUUUUUGGUGUACUGUUCCAUUAACUGAAUAAUUGUAAUAGAAGACAUCACUACUUGUCAUCUAAGUUAGUAUGAGACAUGCUUAUUGUCUAUGUUCCUUAACUGACCCUACAUUUAUUACUUCUUUGAGAACCUAUGGACUAUAGAGGAGUCACUCUCGAACCCAAGCAUUGAUUCGCGCUCUGAAACAUGUAUUCCCAUAAGUUUUCUAUUACAAGGCAUACAUGUUUUUAAACAUUCAUUACAAUUUGAGAGGUGUAGAUUAAUCAUAAGAAGAAAGCUCGGUUCUUCGUAUGUUGUACUUCCUUUUUCUUUGAAUCUGGUUUCAAUGUACCAACAAGUAUUAGGAAACUGUCAAUAUGAUAUUGAGAUGCUGCAGUAUCAGAAACACAAUCUCAAGGAUUUGGACAUGAAACUGAUUUGGGGCCAUUAUACUAUUGAUUGGUAAGCA